AUGGCAUACAAAGCUCAUAAUGAUUAUGAUAAUCAGGCGGUCCUGAAUUCCCUUGAGCCAGGAGAUCGUGUGGAGUUCGAAAGAACUUUUUAUAGCCACUGGGGAAUUUACAUUGGUGAUGGAGAAAUCAUUCACGUUAAAGGAAACAAAGGUGAAAAAGCUGAGGUCAAGCGGGAAAGCUUUUGGAAUGCUGUAAAAGAUGGUCUAGCAAAAAAGAACAAUAGCAAAGAUGCAGAUUGGAGGCCCCUAGAACCUGAGGACAUUGUUGAAAGAGCCAAGUGGUUGAUUGGAAAAUGGGAAUAUGAUGUUGUUUCAGAAAAUUGUGAACACCUUGUGAACUGGUGCAGAUAUGAUGUAAAAGUAAGCGAGCAGGUUGACAACUUUAUUGAAAACAUGUUGAAACUCCUUGUGGCUGCUGGAUCGAUUACUUUAGUUACCGUUGGAGGUGUGGCUAUUUACAAAAGCUGUCAACCUAAAAAAGAAAAAAAGUAA